ACUUUGAAACGUUAAAGUAAACAAAAUAUAAAUAAAAGAAUAUAGCUCAAAAAAAUUAACAAUUAAAUAUAUUGUUGCUAAUUGAUUUAUUUAAAAAAUGGGUGAUUUAAUGGAUUUGGAUUUGUAUGAUCUUAUUGGUGUAGCACCAACAGCAUCACUCGAUGAGAUUAAAUCAGCAUAUCGUAAAAAGGCACUUUCUUGUCAUCCUGACAAAAACCCAGAUAAUCCAAAAGCAAAUGAAAUAUUUAUUCAAUUGUCAGAAGCACUCAAAGUACUAACAGAUGAAAAAGCAAAGGAUGCCUAUGAUAAAGUUUUAAAAGCUAAACAUCAAGCUAAAAUAAGAACAUCUCAGCUUGAUGAAAAACGUAAAAAAUUUAAAGAAGAUUUAGAUGCUCGUGAAGAGGAGUAUAAUAGAUCAAAAAAUAGAGGAGGAAAAACAGAUCAACAAAAAUUAAAAGAAGAAAUUGAUAGAUUACAAAAAGAAGGAUCAAGACUUGUUGAAGAAGAAAAAGAAGCUAUUAGACGUCAAAUAUAUGAACAACUUAAUGCAAAAAAUGUUAAACAAACAACACCUGGUGAAUGUAAAAUUAAAAUAAAAUGGAAACCAUCAAAAGAUGAUCCUGAAAAUGGUGGAUAUAGUUACAAUAAAUUAUAUGUAAUUUUAUCAAAGUAUGGAGAUAUUGAAGCUCUUGUUAUAUCACCAAAUAAAUGUCGAGCUUUAGUUGAAUUCAAGGAAAGUUCAGCUGCUGAGCUUGCAGUUCAAUGUGAAAUUGGUCUUGCUGAAAAUCCCUUAAAACUCGAGGGACUUUGGAAGAAAAAAGAAUCAUCGAAACCACCAACACCAGCAACAUUAUCAGCAACAUUACAUGCUGAUUAUGAAAAUACUGUACUUCAAAAUAUGAAAAGAGCUGAAGAAAGACGAAGAAUCAUAGAACAAAUGAAGGCUGAAGAUGAAAAAGAUAAUAUAUAAUAAUAAAUUAAAUUAAU